UAGUGGUCUAGCGGAGAAAGCCUCGUUUGUUCUCUCCCGCACCAAGUUUUUGUCGCGUUCAUUAUCAUUCUCGUGGUCAUUCGCAACCUUACUCCUUUUUUAAUCGCGCGCGUACCACCUUGACGAAAAGCUAUGAACCAGUUUGAAGUGCUCGCUACUGAUGCUGAGCCCGCAAUGAAUGAAUCCGAGGUGUUUCGAUUCAGCAGUUUGGUUCCCGAUGCUAGAGUAACACUUCAAGAAAAAAAGCCAGAUUCAGACGAAUACGACCGAUUUGAUGUUGGAAGAUACCCUCCUACGGUAUCGCUGCUCGUGUGUUCAUCAAAGUAUGGAUACUAUGUUGCUGCGACUUUGGAAGGGUUUGCAUUUGGAUCAACCAAAGCUCUACGAGACACGAUCAAGGCAUUAGAAAAGGGAUCGACUGGACCUCUUAACGACAAAGUGCUGGUGCCUAUUGCAGAAGGCCCGGUACACCAGCUGCGCAUCAGCGCCGAUCAAUCACAAAUCAUUGUUGCUGUUGCUGGUGGUUGGAUUUUGACCUAUAAUGCUAAAGAUAUCUUUAAUCAGAAAGAAAAUACCAAGCCGGUGGCGUCGUUCCAACUCGAGUCGGAUGUACUGGACUUGAGACCAAAUCCUGACGUUAUGCCCGAGCUCGCUGCAGUUAUUCUAAAGGAUAAUACAUGCAAACUCAUCGAUCUGCGCUCGGGCUCAACAACAGUUACUCUUGGUGAUGAUAUUACUGCCGUGUGUUGGUCCCCUAAAGGAAAGCAGUUGGUGUGUGGUCGGAAGAACGGACAGUUCGUACCAUUUGAUGUCGAAGGAUCUCAGAAGACAGUAAUCGAGUUGCCAGAAGAAUUGCAGAACAAUGAUCCUCCACCUUAUGUUCUCGGUCUUCUAUGGAUUCAACCCAAUGUGUUCUUGGUGGUAUAUGGUAAAAGCGAAGGAGCAGACGAAGUCGAUCCUUCUCACGUCGCGUACAUUGUUGAUCGCAAAUCCAGGACAACGGGCGGAUUACAAUAUAUACUACUUGACGACGUUACUGGUGUUUUUGGUGAUGAGCGAGGUCCCAAGAUGUUUAUGGAGCUGAUCCCCAACUUUAGCAGCGACAUGAAAUAUGCAGCCAUCUUGGGCAACGCUGCUUCGACGGAUUUCUCUGUUGUCGGUCAGGAUGAGAAUGGCGACUGGGCCACAUACAUUUUGCCCGAGAAUGGAUUGGCCAUUAUGCCAUUAUCGGAUAAUGACAUGGACACCUAUCCUGUCGGUAUGGCACUGGACUUUUCUGUAUCAGAGGAACUGCCACCUUAUGAUCCGUCCGUCGAUACUGAAGGUGUCAAGCCCCUGCCGGCUCUGUAUUAUUUGAACGAUGAGGAUCAUAUGGGCGCAUACUACUGUUUUCAGGAAACGCUAGCAAAGAAUGGUGCCAAGUAUACCGGUAUGGUCAAUGCGGAGGAUGUGCAAACGGCAGCAGUUCCUGAGCCAUCAUCAUCAACAACGUCGACAACAACAACAAAUGUAAAGGAAUCCAUACAGGACCAAGAAGAACCAGCACUUACAGCAGCUGCUACGCAAACACCUGGGCAACAGCAAGAGCUAGAAUCGACGGAACAGAAAAACAACGUACCAUCUAAUUUCUCAUCCAGCCCAUUUGGUGCCGCCUUACAACAACAAGGCGACAACACCAACAGUGGCUUUGGAUCAUUUGGAAGCCCAACUACAUCAGGCAAUACUAGUGGUGGAUUUGGAGGUAGUAGUUUCACGUCGUUCCGCAAUUUGGGUACGGCUACACCAACGUCGUCAAUCCAAGCACCCAAGUUUGGCAGUAGCACAAUUGGUGCACCUGCAUUCGGAUCAACCAGCUUUGGACAGCCUCCUGGUGACGCGCCCGUACAACAACAAAGCUUUGCCUCACUCGCCAAGAAGACCACUCCUACUGCCGCAGCACCGAGCAACUUGAUGGGCUCGGGUAGUUUAUUUGGCGGUGCUGGCGGUAGCUCAAGCACACCCACUUUCGGCUCUUCCAGUUUUGGUGCUACUUCUGAAACUCCAGCCUCAUCAACGCAAAACCAAAGUUUUGCGGAUUUGGCAAAGCAAUCCAAACCUGGCGCUUUUGGAACAGCAAUAUCAACGACACCAAGCCUUGGAUCCACUGGUUUUGGUCAAACCUCUUUUGGUCAGACAGCUUUUGGAUCUGCUCCAGCGUCAUCAACUCUUGGUAGUGGUGGGUUUGCAUCAUUAGCGAAGCAACCUAACGCACCUUCUAAAAUCCCAGUUCCGUCCAGUAACUCGUUCGGCAGCGGGUCUUCAUUUGGCAAUACUUCACCGUUUGCGAAGACGACAACGUCCACACCUACGUUCGGAUCAACAACUUCAUUUGGUGCAACUCCACCUUCUGAAAAACCUGCAGCCGCUGCACCAGAAAAGUCAGUCGAGCCAACACCAACACCCACGCCGUCUGCAUCCGAAAAAGAUACCACACUAAAAGAACCAGUCGCUGCAGUCAAAGAGGAAGAAUCAGAAACCGAUAAGCUGCCUGCUCAACCAGUCGUUGAACGUGAACAAGAUGAGAAGGAGAAAGAAGAACCAACAAUCAAGGAAGAAGCACAAGAAGAAAAGAAACCCGGAUUUGGUGGUUUUGGCGCCUUUGGAUCCGCCCAAAAAGAACAGGGAAAGCCUGGUGUAUCGACGUCGAUUGGGUUCGGAUCAUUUGGAUCGGCAUUGGCCAGCGCUGCUGCUACUACAACGACGAGCACGCCAACCACAGCACCUAAAUCUGAUCUGCUUGGAUCGAGUACAACCGCUACAGCCUCUCCCACAGUUACAGCGUCAACAGAGGGAUUUUUCGGUAAAGCAGCUACACCAUCACCAGCUUCAUCAGAAACCAUCACAGCCAAGGCAGAAGAGCCAGCACCACAAAAAGCAUCUACGAGUUUAUUUGCUGGCAUGAGCUCUAAGCCAUCAGCCCCCGAGGCAAAGCCUGCUGCUUCAACCAGUUUGUUCAGUGGUUUAAGUGCACCAUCAACACAAGAGCAACCACCAAAAACUACAACAGCAGGAUGGACGUUUGGCGAUGGUUCAGCGGCAUCCCCUGCUGCGCCUUCCACACUUUCUAAACCUGUCGAACCUGUAGCUGCAGCAGCAAAGCAAACAUCCACUUUCCCAACAUCUUCGCCAGCAUCUACAUCCAAACCAAGUACAGCAACAACAGCAACCAAUGCACCUUCUCAGCCUGAGCCCCCCAAAGACGCAAAAGUCGAGCCAGAAAUGCCAAAGCUUACUGCUAAAGAUGGCAUGGCGCAAGAAUUCGAACGGGCAUAUCAUACCAUCAACAUUGCAUUGAAAAAGCUGGCAAUGCGGCAAGACGAGCUCGCAACGCAAAUACAACAGCAACAAAAACAACGACCUUCUGCUAAGGGCAUGCGUGACCUAGGUGAAUCUUUGGAAUCAUGGCGUAUAGCCGAUGCUCAAGAUAUCGCCGGUAUCAUUGAAACUAUUGUCCAACAAGCCAAGGAAAUCGAGCCACAAAUUACUGAGCUAUCCAAAUCAAUUGAAUAUUUUCAGGAUGAUCUCGAGAAACUGGAAGCAAAGAAUAAGGUGAUCGGAGAGUUGAAAGACAAGGAAAGUGAUCCCGUGCUUGAGAAGGAAUUAAACAAGCGAGGCUUGGAUCAAGAGGUGGCCAAGAAAUGGGACCGGAUCCAGAGUCGAACCAAAGAGUAUGGCGACUUAUUAAGCGACUUGGAAAACAAAAUUCAUGACGCAAAGAAGCGCAACAGGUCGCCUAUUACGCCAGCUCAUGACGCUAAACCCCUGAGUUUGUACGCAUUACAUGUGGUCCUUCGCGAUAUUGAAUCCAAACUACGAAGCAAGCAUGACCAACUCCGAGAAAUUGAAAGCCGACUGGCCCGUUUACAUUUUAAGGACACCCAUGCCAAGGCAUCCAAAAGUUCUCGUCGAAUCACCUUUGACGAUGAUGAUAGCAGUGAUGAAGAUGAAGUGAACCAAGAAAAAGAAAAGGAGCCGGCCACAGCCUCAGAAGGAAAACCAUGGUCCCAGCCCGUGGUGGACUAUACCAUGAAGCACCUCCGACGAGAGCGAUUCUUGGAUAAAUUGCAUCACUUCCAGCAGUACCAAGAAUACACAACUAUUGUCAAUAACUGAUCAAAGCAAUAAAAAACACAGAUGUCAGCACGAUUGUAAAGAAG